CUACAAAUCAUAUGGUUAUGAAAAUAAUAGGAAGUAGGCGCGUAUCGAAAUUCAAAUAAUACUUAUAAUAUUUGAGAUAUCGAAACGAGAGACUGAACCGAUCGAGCCCUUCUACACUAAUUGUAUUGAAAUUUUCUCGAAACCUGACACACGCACCUUUCUCCAAGAUAUUAAUAAAGAAACAUGAAUACAGCACGAUUGUUGAGUUUUGUAUCAUCGUCCAACGUAUGUAGAAACUUCUCAAGUUCUUCAAUAUGUAAUGCAAAUUAUUCAUGUAAGUUGCUAGUUGUUGGUGGAGGAUCGGGUGGUUGCACAGUUGCUGCUAAAUUCGCCCGUAGGCUGAAUAAAGACUCGGUCAUUAUUUUGGAACCUAGUAAUGAUCAUUACUAUCAGCCCCUUUUCACUCUGGUAGGAGCCGGAGUGAAACGUGUGAGCGACACUAGGAGAUCCGCCCAGAGCGUGUUACCUAAAGCAGCGAAAUGGCUGAGAGAUUCCGCCGAAACGAUUAACGCCAAAGCGAAUGUUGUGACGACGAAAGAUGGACACGUCAUCAAUUAUGAGUACAUCGUUAUCGCUGUUGGACUGAAGAGCGAUUAUAAUAAAAUUCCAGGCUUGACUGAGGCGCUAAACGACACUAGCAGCGGCGUGUCUACGAUAUACGCGCCGGAGUACUGCGAGAAGACCUGGUCCGACCUGCAGACGUUCAAAGGCGGCGAGGCCAUCUUCACUUACCCGGAGACGCUGAUCAAGUGUCCAGGAGCGCCGCAGAAAAUUGCCUAUUUAGCCGAGUCUUAUUUUACCAAGACGAAUGUUCGUUCGAAAUCGAACAUAACGUACAACACGUGCCUGCCCGUUAUCUUCGGAGUGAAGAAGUACGCCGACGCGCUCCUGAAGGUGGUGGAACGGAAGAAGAUCAACGUCAAUUACAAGACGGUGCUCAAAGAAGUCAAACCAGACAGGAGAGAAGCGGUUUUCUACAACACUGACGACAAGACUAAGGAAACAACAAUGCAAUACAACAUGCUCCACGUGACUCCGCCGAUGAAGACCCCGGAUUUCCUGCAGCGGAGUAGCGACAUUGUGGACCCUAAUGGCUACCUGACCGUCAACAAAUAUACACUGCAGCACGACAAAUAUCCCAACGUUUACGGCAUCGGAGACUGCACCAACACUCCGAACAGCAAGACCGCCGCUGCCAUUGCCAAACAAUGCUACGUGCUCGAACACAAUUUACUUGGUACGAUGCAAAAAGACGAGCCGAAGUUAAAAUACGACGGGUACGGAGCGUGCCCCCUCCUCACAGCGUACGGGAAGUGUAUACUGGCCGAGUUCAUUUACGACGGGAUACCGCAUGAAACCUUGCCCUUCGAUCAGGCCCGAGAAAGCGCGUUAGCGUAUUACAUGAAGAAGGAUCUAUUCCCCUUCCUAUACUGGAACUUGAUGCUCAAAGGUCGUUAUCACGGACCGGAAUUUGUGAGAAAAAUUAUAAACCCAUUGGCUAAGUAACCGAAUUCGAAAUGGCGUUAUGACAGUGUCAUUUCUUAACACGAAUGGCGCUUUGACAUUGAAAGUCGCGAACUGUCAUUGUGACAGUGACAGUUGAGUUAAGUAGGUAGGUAUUUAUAAUAAUCCAAGGGUGCGUUUACGUCUGUAAUCAACAUAUCUAUUAUACUCUAUUUGGUUUUAUGACUAGUAUCGUCUUUGAUCGAAAUCUGCUCACUUUGUACGGUGAAUUUUUUUUACCUUCACUUUAUUUUGUCACUGCCGUGAAAUCUAUUAUAUCAAAUUACCGAAAAAUGUUUCAAAUUUAAUUUCUUAUCUUAAUAUCUCUUUAAAAAUAAUUAUGUAUUUCAUUUUGAAAUUUGGUACUGAUUUCAAGCUCAUCCUUAGAAAAUGAUGACUAAAAAGGCGUUCUAAAUUUUUCUAAGUUCACGCGUUAUCCUUUAAAUAUUUGGACGUGCGAUGUUUAAAUUGUUAAAAUAUUACAAAAUCGGGCUGUGAUUUUAAGCUUGUAUAAUGUUAGUAAGACCAACAUUGUAUACAGCUAAAUUUAUUCAAAAUUUUCGUUUGUUUUUAUAUAUACAAUUUUAACCACAUGUCUUUAUGUGGGUGGUGCGUGAGGUAUCCCCAUUACGGCUACGGUAACACUUGGCGGUGACCACAUAUUACCAGGUUUCCCGUCUUUCACCCAACGGAGCUAAAAAGAACAAAUUUAAAAAUAUAUUUUUUAUCGUUAAUUAGUUGUAAGGAAAUUAUUUUUAAUUAUUAUUUUGUUUAUUCGACCAAAUAAAAAUUCUUUUUGGAAGU